AUGAAAUACGGCGAUCAGCUGGAGAGGGAGUCUGUUCCUGAAUGGAGCCUGCAUAAUCUCGACUACAAUUCUCUGAAACAUGAGAUCAAAGUCCACACAACCCGCGACCAGGCCACAGCCUUGACUAUUCCCGGCCACCAAGAUACUGCGCUGCAACGAUUCGAGGAUGCCCUGUUUACUGAGCUCUGCAACCAGCACGAUCGCUUAGACUUAUUUGUUUUCAGCAAGGCGGAUGAGGUGUCAAGACGACUGGACCAUAUUGCUGCCAGCAUCAAGCGAUUUGCCGCCAAGAGCCAUCACCAUGCCGACUCACCGAGUGCGUCGCUUAGGUACCAGCGCAAAUUCAUAAAAUAUGAGCGUGAAUUGCUACGGUGUAGAGAGGAUAUCCAGGCCCUAUCGCGCUUUGUUAAUGCGCAAAUCAUUGCAUUCCGCAAGAUUCUGAAGAAAUACAGAAAGUGGACUGGUUCUUCAUCUUUAAGCUCCAGAUUCAAUGAGGAGGUCCUAAGUCACCCAAAGAGCUUUACACGGCGAAGCUUUACAGACCUCCAGGAAAAACACGACGAAAUUGAAGAACAGCUUCGCCACGCCACACCAGCGUUUAGCGAACCGAGCUCUCCUUCAUCCGUCGACACUCCCGUUGCCCCUUUGAACCAGCCUUCAAAUUCGCAUCGCGUCACUUUUGAUCCUCUACCGCCGUCAUGCUUCGAUGACACACAGCCCAAAUACUGGAACGAGUACGAUGACGGCAGCGAUGCAGGCGGCGCCGAAGAAGAGUACGCAAUCUACAUCAACCCCGACCAAGAAUCAAGUUUCCCCGGUUUAAGCUACGCCCAAGCCAUCGUAUCGUUUCCCUUUGAAAAGGCAAAGGAGUGGUUUGGUAAGCCGCAGGCUGCCGAGCAACAGCCCCUCUUUUCAUCCUUCUCACCCAGGGACUCGAGUAGCCAGGGGUACGGUUCCAUGACGGCGGUGCACACCGACUCCGAGGAAGAAGAGGCAUACGCCAGCUCCGACGGCUUCCCCACACAAGGAUAUACCACGCAUUAUGCUCUGCCCAGCGUCACCAGCCAGCAGCUGCGCCGCUACAGGGAGCGCGUCCUGUUCUGGGGCACCAUGGGCUGUUUCGGUGCCACCUUUGUCUUUCUCGGCAUUGCCGGCAUUCUCAUCUCGACGGGCCGACACAAGCUGCGAGUCGAGGUUGAUGCCGGCGCUACUGUGGGAGCAGUGGUCAGCUUAUUCUGUGCCUGCUCCGGCCUCGGUAUGACGCUUUACCGAGAAGACCAGCUAUCGCUAUCUUACCGCCUCGUGGUCUGGGGGACCUUUAUCAUUUCCUGUCUUCUCAACGGCAUGCUGCUCAUCCUGAUCCUGGGGAAUACCCCAUGA